CGAACCUCUACUGUACGUAACAGUCUUUUGGAGUUUUCGUCUGGGACACCAAGAGCAUUGACAUCAACAGGAGAAGCCAAACAUCGUGACGUGUCAGACUUAAACAUCUCCCAUCGCCAAUCAGUGAGAAAGCAGUUUGACAAUUCAAUUACACGCAGCUAUCGCUUUCCAACAAAAGGUGGGCUGUCGUUUCUCAAAGUUUGGGAGACAAUGGGAGAAGGCCAGUAUACAUGGACUGUACCUAUACAGUUACUCAAGUUGUUUAUCGAGGAAGAGAAACAGAGAGUUGCUGAACUACAAGACCUUGUCAAUUUAUGCGAUGACUGGAAACAGUCACGUGACCAAAUACUUCAAGAUCACACAAAUAUGGUGACGUACUACUCAGACAUGGUGUCUGAUCUCGAGAAUAACACAGAAAUGAAUUUCAAGUCAAGCGUGGCUAAAGCGGCACCGGAACUCGAGUUUGUCGCCACCAAUCAACACAUACAGAGAAUGAAAGUGAUGGCUGACAAGAAACCGGACAAGACGUUUGUUUACGAUGUGGUGACUAUUGGGGCACCUGCUGCUCAUUCCUUGAGGUUUAAACAAGGAGGACUGAGGCGAUUGCUGUUUUUGCCAAAAGAUCUCAACGGAAGCAGCUCAACUGAAAUACGUCAUCUCAUGCAGAGCACUGAAGCUCUAAAGACGAGUAUUGACUCAGCUAAGCUCUCAUUGUUGGGUGCUGCUGAGCUAUGUCUAGAGCCACAGUUGAGACAAGCUAUGCAGAUUUUGAAGGAAAAGGUUGGUCAGCUGUGUAUACUUUGUGAAGCUGAACUGAUAAAAACUGGUAGUCAGGUGGGAACGGCUGCGUUUAAUAUGUCGGAUGAAGAUAGACUGAAAGAGUCAGGUAAUGACUGGGUGUUCAACGGUGAGUCGUACAUUCGUGUUCCUCUUGAGUGGCAUAUCGAAGCUCUCUGUCAAAAAUUGGAGCAACUUUGUGUAUGGUUGGAGUCAAAAGUCGAUGCCCUCUGCCAAGUGAAUGAAGGCAUUGAAGUGUCAUGGUACAAGUGCAUCAGCAUUGUUGUCAAGGAACUCACUCUUCAAGUCGACCUCAUAAUGAAGCACAUCAUGCUGUGUCUCAACUUUCUACUACUGAAGGAAGAGAGUCAGUGGAGCUCCAUAGGGCUUAUGGGACCGAGACAUAGAAGAGAUAUUGUGCUGACUCAAGCAGUGUCUGGUCUUGUGACGUGUUUCAUUCUCCAUUUGAAAGAGCAUCUCGUGAAGUCAAUGUUUAUGCAGCAGCUGUCUCACCUCGGCUUUCUAGCUCACUGGGAAUCUCUAUUGAGUACACACGGGGAGGAGAUGGGCAUGUUGGAGGACUGCAGUGCAGCAAUUGAUGAGCUAAACAAAACAGUUGUGUUCAAAUUGAUUAUGUCAGAAGACAAUGAAAUGCCAGUCAUCACAGGCACGAGAUCAAACCUAGAAAUAUCUAUUCCUCUGAAGCCAACUAAAUUUCAGUUGAUACCCCAAGAACUCCAGCAAGGUCGACCUAUUCGAGUUUGUGUCAUUCUCUUCACUCAAGGCAUCAAUGAGCAGCAAUCAUUUGCAGACCGGUUUGGAGAUGCUGGAAUACAGCAUGUUAUUAAUAUCGAGAGCAUGAGCCGGCUAGAGACGUAUUACGAAAGCUAUCGGGAUCUUCUAACUCUACGAUCAUCUCGUGUUAGUCGUGAUAUUCCUGACUUAGCGCGUAAAGUCGAACAGCUAAGAACCAAUGUGAAUUCACGGCGAACUAAAAAUGUCGACAUUUUAAUUCUGAGCGCCGAGGUUUGUCGUAAAUUGAAUGGUGGCCGUCUGACAAGCUGUAAAUCAGCGAAAGAUCGGUCGGCAAUGAGCGUGACGCUUGAGAUGUGUUCAAUACUGCAGAAAGAACACAACCUUCAUCCGGCCGCUUUUGAACAAGCACUUGAUACGAUAAGGAGUCAAGGCACUCGUCUGAUAAAUGCAGAGAAGAACGUCGGCGAGAGAAAGUUUGCAUUUAAUGCUCUUCAAGUAAAAGCGUUACCCAAACAAUAUCGCCCACCAGAAGGGACAUACAAAGUACUGCAGUCGUGAACACUUUAUUUUGUGACAUAAGUGUAAGUCAGAAGAGUUAAGCAACAAUACGACUAAUAACACAUAAGCACAUGUGCUGUAGGAUCAAUUUCCUAUAGUCGGAGUGAUGACUUUUUUAGAUAUUUUUUGACAAAUUUAUGUGCAUAAGUUGUACAUUAAUUAACAUGCAAUCGAGUUAAUGUGCAGGGUGA